AUGGGUUGGGCAAAUGAUAGUGUACCACAGGAAUUCAUCCUGUUAGGUUUUUCAGAUCGACCAUGGCUGGAGCUUCCAUUGUUUGUGGUGUUCCUGGUUUCCUAUAUAUUGACCAUCUUUGGCAAUUUAGCAAUAAUUCUUGUGUCGCGUCUGGACUCCAAACUCCACACCCCCAUGUAUUUCUUUCUUACUAAUCUCUCACUCCUGGAUCUUUGCUACACCACAAGUACAGUUCCACAAAUGUUGAUAAACAUAUGUAGCACCAAGAAGGUAAUAAGCUAUGGUGGCUGUGUGGCCCAACUUUUCAUCUUCCUGGCAUUAGGCUCCACUGAAUGUCUUCUCCUUGCAGUCAUGUCCUUUGAUAGAUUUGUAGCUAUUUGUCGACCUCUCCAUUACUCUGUCAUCAUGCACCAAAGGCUUUGUCUCCAGUUGGCAGCUGCAUCCUGGAUCAGUGGGUUCAGUAACUCAGUAUUACAGUCUACCCUGACCCUUCAGAUGCCACUAUGUGGACACAAAGAAGUAGAUCACUUCUUCUGUGAAGUUCCUGCUCUGCUCAAGUUAUCCUGUGCAGAUACAACAGCAAAUGAGGCAGAACUAUUUUUUAUCAGUGUGUUGUUUCUUCUAAUACCCUUGACUCUCAUUCUUAUAUCAUAUGCUUUUAUUGCCCAGGCAGUUUUGAGAAUAAGGUCAGCUGAAGGUCGGCGCAAGGCAUUUGGAACAUGUGGGUCCCAUCUAAUUGUGGUGUCACUUUUUUAUGGCACUGCUAUCUAUAUGUAUCUGCAACCACCAUCCCCUGCCUCCAAGGACCGAGGAAAAAUGGUGUCCCUUUUCUAUGGAAUUAUCACACCCAUGUUGAACCCCCUUAUAUACACACUCAGAAACAAAGAUGUAAAGGGAGCAUUUAAGAGACUGGUGGUGACAGAGAGGAGCCUAGGGAGAGACUAA